CGACUUCACAACAAGCAGACAGGAUGAGGAAAUAAAAGUCUCCUGCAUGAGAAUCAAGAGAUUGUCGUACCUGGCAUGGCCUUGACCUGGAUCUCACCUUGAGUGAUCAUUGUCUCCCUGAGAUGUUUGAAAAUGGCUUCAAGCAGUAGGACCAGACAGGGAGGACAUUGCAGUACAGCAGGGGAGUAUGCUACGCCCGGCAGCUACGAGCUGGACAAGAUCCUGAACCGUGGGAGUGUGGCCUACACUCAUGUCAACCAAGUCUGGCCCAACGUUUACAUCGGGGAUGAGCAGACAGCCAGGGACAAACACAACCUGAGGAGACUGGGGAUUACGCACAUCCUGAACGCUGCAGAAGGGACGUGGAACAAUGUGGACACUGGGGCUGGUUACUAUGGCGACAUGGAGGUGGUCUAUUACGGCGUGGUGGCAGAAGACGUCACAACGUUUGACCUCAGCCAGUACUUCUACUCAGCUGCCCGCUUCAUUGAAGAAACACUGAGAAACCCUCAGAAUAAACUGCUGGUCCACUGUGUGAUGGGUAGGAGUCGCUCGGCCACACUCUUCCUCGCCUUCCUCAUGAUCUGUGAGAACAUGACGCUGGUGGAAGCCAUUGAACAAGUCAAGUCCCACAGGAGGAUCAUCCCAAACUGGGGUUUCCUGAAGCAGCUGAGAGAGCUGGACAUGGACCUUCAGGGCAGCAGGACCUCAAGAGAGUCAGGUCCAGUCUGAGUUCCCCCGAGCUGGUCUCUCACCUUGCUUUAGUGGUGUAAUGAUGCAGGAAGAAGUUUGGCACAAGGUCUGCUGCUGACACGUCCAUUACACACCAAGGUAGAACAUCAUGAGCGCCACUUGGUGAAGUGGUUGAGGCUGACCAUAUGGUCACCAUGGCAUCUGGCAAUGGUCAGUGUAUAUUUUUGACCUCAAAGUGUCUAUUGAAGUGACAUAUGAGACGUAGCAAAACACUUCAGGCUUUGCAAUUGAAAAAAACAUUUGAGCUUCAACUUGAUAGAAAGGCUUCAACAUAUAGAGCAGGAACUCCUCUUUACGAGAGAUGAGAGAGUAUUUUUGGUAUUAUGUUGGUGUCAACAUAAUCUAUCUUGAAAUAUUUACAUUAUUUUCAAAACCCUUUCAAGACGGAUGUUGGACUAAUGAAGACAGUGAACAAUAACGACCAAAUGUGUUUUUGCCUUUCAUUUGCCCUAAAGGACAUUUUUAGUGUUUGGGGGAAAAAAAAGAACUUUUUCUUCAAAGAAAUUUGAGGAAUCUUCCAAAUAAGUAGUAGUAGUAUAAGUAGUUUUAUAUAUUUAUUAAAAAAACGAUACGGCAUUAAAUUGAAAAUAUUCAAAGUGCACAUCCCCACUUAAAAUCCACACUCAUGUCAAGUCCACCUUUAAAUCUAGGAUGCAGAGCAGUAAUGCUUAACCAUAGGGCCGAGGCCCAUGGUUGGGCUGCGAGCGUCCCUUAUUGGGCCACUGGAAGUUUUUUGUUUUACACCUCUGGGCCAUGAUCAUUGAAUUGACUUUGCAACUGCAAAUUGACAGCUGCAAAUUUGUGAUAGUUACCAACUGUGGAGAAGUUCUUGAAGAGAAAAAAUGAUAAAGAAAGUGGUGGUGACCCCUACAGUAAACACUGCUCAUGUUGGAGCAGUUUUUAAAAUUAAUUGGAACAUUUUAUGAGAAUACAUUUAUUUACGCUUUACUUCUCUUCUUUCGAGUUUAUUUAUGAAAAAAUAUAUUUUUCCGAUGUGUCGAUGUUAUUCUAUUAAUUUUAUUCAGAAUUUUAUUCAUGCCGUACCCUUCUUCCAAUAUUGGCAUUUUUUUUUCUUUAGUAAAUUUGAUGAACAUGACUUGCACCUGGUUCUGCUGCUAGUUGGAAUUUUUUAAUAUCUUAUUAUCAUUAUCGUCUGAUCACAUGGUUUCACGUUAUUUCACAAGGUCUUGGUUUGUUUACAUGUAUGGUUAUUAAACACAAAGGAAAUCAGUAAUUCAGUUCUAUUCCUUGAAUGGGCCCCGGACCUAUUAGUUCUGGAAAUGGCGGGCCCCUAGAUCAAAAAGGUUAAGAACCCCUGAUGUAGAGGACAGCGAGAGGCUGAACGUUGGCUGCCACACGAAGGCAUGGCGGCGAGUCCCUUCCAUUUCCUGGCUAGAAGGUUAGAAUUGUUUAGUUUUCUUUUGUUUUUAUUUAGUUUAGAAUUUUAGUCUUUCAAAUUCAGUUAGUUUAAAUGACUUUUAAUGGUGGGUUUGGUAGUUUCAGUUUUUUGAAAGCCUAGUUUCAGUAUUGUUUUUAUUAGUUUUAGUUUUUAUUCCUUCAAUAAGGGGUAUUGGAACAAGAUUGAAAAUUAAAAUAGGUCACAAAAAUAGUAAUAAAAACUUGACACCAUUUUGAAAAAUGUAACUACCGGACAGAACAUGCUACAACAGCUUUCAUAAAACUAGCCAAGUCCAAAUAAAUAGAUUCAAAAUCAUCUCAAAAUGCUUCUAUUUGAAAUACAUAAAGACAAAAACAAAGUACAAUUUUGCUAUAAUUUUAGUUCAGUUUCUUUAGCAAACCGACAAUGCAGUUUUCGUUCACUUUCAGUAACUAUAGCAACCUUGCUUCCUGGGUACAUGCUUCCAUUCCUCAUUCUGCUCUCACUGGGUACUGAAUCAAAGAGGAGCAAACAUGUACAUGUCAAUCAUAAUUUAUUCUUCUGCUAAAGUGUACAACAUUUGAAGUGACUGACAAAAAGCAGAAAAGUCAUAAAUACAAGGAUGUCAAUCUGUCUGAGUUUGUGCACAUAGCCAGGUGCGCCCCCACCCGCCCCCGACCUCUGAGCCCCCUAAGCCGUUCUGACUGCGACUGUACAGGUACAAAGGCUACAAAAGAGCAAUAGAAACAAACACAGGUACAAGUAGCGAAUUACAUGCGGUUCAUUAGCUUAGUUUGGUCUAU